AUGGUGGCUGGCGAGUCCGGUCUGGGCAAGACCACCUUUAUCAACACCCUCUUCUCCACCACCAUCAAGAACUACGCCGACCACAAGCGACGACACCAGAAGCAGGUCGACAAGACCGUCGAGAUUGAGAUCACAAAGGCCGAGCUGGAGGAGAAGUUCUUCAAGGUCCGGUUGACCGUCAUCGACACCCCGGGUUUCGGCGACUAUGUCAACAACAGAGAUUCAUGGAUGCCCAUUAUCGAGUUCCUUGAUGACCAGCACGAGUCGUACAUGCUCCAGGAGCAACAACCCCGCCGAAAUGACAAGAUCGAUCUUCGUGUACACGCAUGCUUGUACUUUAUCAGACCCACCGGUCACACCCUGAAGCCUCUCGACAUUGAGGUCAUGAAGAGGCUGUGCUCGAGAGUCAACCUCAUUCCCGUUAUCGCCAAGGCCGACACCAUGAGCCCGGCCGACCUUGCCAAGUUCAAGGCCACGAUCCAAGCUGUCAUCGAGGCCCAGAACAUCAAGAUCUACCAGCCCCCAGUUGAGGAGGAUGAUGAGGCUGCCGCUCAACACGCCCGCGCCCUGAUGGCUGCCAUGCCAUUUGCUGUCAUCGGUUCCGAGAGAGAUGUCAAGACUGGCGACGGAAGAAUCGUCAAGGGCCGUCAGUACUCGUGGGGUGUGGCCGAGGUUGAGAACGAGGAUCACUGCGACUUCAAGAAGCUCCGAUCGAUCCUGAUCCGAACCCACAUGCUGGAUCUCAUCCACACCACCGAGGAGCUGCACUACGAGGCCUACCGUGCCCAGCAAAUGGAGACCCGCAAGUUCGGCGAGGCCAGGCCACGCAAGCUCGACAACCCCAAGUACAAGGAGGAAGAGGAGGCGCUGCGCAAGCGUUUCACCGAGCAGGUCAAGGUCGAAGAGCAGCGUUUCCGCCAGUGGGAACAGAAGCUCAUCGCCGAGAGAGACCGUCUCAACAAGGAUCUCGAGCAGACUCACGCCCAGAUCAAGCAGCUCGAGGGCGAGCUCGAGCAAAUGCAGGGCAGCGCUGCUCGCAGCGGUCGUCGUUAA